GGUGGGUCUCCGCAGUUUGAGGAGAUUUCUUGGAGGAAUUUAGCGGGGAUCUAGGGGGCAGAGAGAGAUUUACGAAUUGAUAGGUGGUCGCGUUUUGUUUGGCCGCACGUCUUUGCGCCAGAGGACUCUGGAGCGUUGAGUUUCCUUCUCUUAAAGGAUUAGUCUUCACGAUGGCCACCAAGAGACUAAGGAGGGGUCGCUAUCCUGGCGACACACAGCUGGUGGCUUCAACCAGGAGCACAAUUGUGGCGCACUGACCUCGGAGAGACACUGGCUUUUAAGAGAGAUUUGCUUGGAGUACGCAUAGUUUUCUCCCGUAUUUUUAGCCCCGACUCUCGUUCUUUGAAGACCGAACCCGUCUUUUCACAUCCGUCCAGCUUCGUUUGGGCUACAAGGCUUAGCAAUGACGACUGAAAGCUCUCAGCAGCAGCUGGACACGCCGGCUCCCAUCAGAUCCAGCCCUGCAUCCAGUGCCAUGCACUCGGGGCUUCAGAGCACACAGACAGUGCUGGAGAGCACAACUGCGACCGGCAGCAAGGGCAAAAAGUCUAACUCGGGCAUGAGGCGCCCCGAAAAGCCGCCUUACUCCUAUAUCGCUCUCAUAGUCAUGGCGAUACAGAGCUCUCCCACCAAAAGGUUAACGCUGAGUGAAAUCUAUCAGUUCCUCCAAGCGCGUUUCCCGUUUUUUAGGGGUUCCUACCAGGGCUGGAAAAAUUCCGUCAGACAUAAUUUGUCUCUAAACGAGUGUUUCAUCAAACUUCCCAAAGGCCUUGGGCGGCCGGGAAAAGGCCACUAUUGGACCAUCGACCCCGGGAGCGAGUUCAUGUUUGAGGAGGGCUCUUUCCGACGCAGGCCCCGUGGUUUCCGAAGGAAAUGCCAGGCUCUCAAACCCAUGUACCGCAUGAUGAACGGCAUCGGCUUCGGCGCUUCGAUGUUGCCCCAAAACUUCGACUUUCAGUCGCCCUCCGCGUCCCUGGCCUGCCACGCCAACGGCUAUAAUCUGGACAUGAUGAGCAACCCUGUGCCUGGCGUUCACACGGGUUACGAUGGCCUCAGUACAGGCCACCAUGUCUCACACAUGUCGCCCAGCUCGGGUUCUACAUACAUGACGGCAUGCCAAGUCGCUUCCAAUGGCGAGUACGGCCCAGAAAACAGCAACAGUCCGCUUCACUCGCCGCCGGCCAUGAGCGGCUCUCUGGAGUGCCAUUCGCCGUACGGAGCCGCCUCGGCACAUUGGGCUUCAUCAGGUGUGUCUCCUUACAUUAAACAGCAGCCGCUAGCCUCCAGCAGCCCAAACUCCUCUGGAUUACACUCGAGUAUGCCGCCUUAUUCUCUGGAGCAGGGCUAUCUGCAUCACAACGGCAGAGAGUCGGCAGACAUCUCAGCAGGAAUGUCUCGAUACCAAACCCACUCAUCGCCAGUCUGUGACAGAAAAGACUUUGUGCUGAACUUCAACGGUAUUACGUCGUUUCAUCCAUCCAGCAGUGGAUCCUACUACCAUCAUCAGCUACAUCACCAAGGAGUCUGUCAAGAUGUAAAGCCAUGCGUUAUGUAAUUUAAACUAUGACAAGCCAAAAAAAUAAUAAAUGCGAACGUACGGACUGAACUCGCAAAUUACGAGACUGUGUGCGCUUGAUGCACGGUUAUCUAUGAAGAAUAAAUCAAAUCAAUGGAAGGCGAAACGAAGUCAUUCACCUCUCCGUAUUUACUGAGAGAAACUAUGAAGGAAGGAAGGAAUUGAUCGGAACUGAGGACUCCACAGGGACGUUUGGGCUUUUUUGGGAAAGAUUAUGACAUAUAUUUACUAUCUUGGAAAAACCUCGAAACGUCUGCAAAUGAGGAGACAUGUUGUUUAACAAAGCUGUUUAUCCAGUCCAUAAUCAAUAGCCAAGACUUUUGUUUGAUUUGACCACAUUUCCAAUGAGGAUAAAGGGGAGAGUGCUCAAUAACUGAGCAUAUAAAGUCGUAGUAAAAUUAAACCUAGUUAUUUUCGAUGCACUCAGCAACACCGCGAAAUACUGAAUUCUGAGUUCAGUGGCGUGGGAAUCGAUGCAUGUCACAAACCCACUCGAAUACAAAGUAUCUUAUUUGUCUAAACCUUAUGUGUGUUUCUUUUUGACGGCUCUUCAGUAAUUCCACCUCUUAUAUUUUCAGGGGUGAAUGUAUAGGUCUGUGGGUAGUUCAUGUGUAAAAGGAAAGAGGCCUACGAAAACCGUAUUAGAAUAAUAAUGAUUGCACUUUUGUUAGUUUAACAAGUUGACAAAUUACAGUUAUGUACAGUACAAUAAAACGAUGUA